UCCGGAGCCGCGGUUAAUCCAGAACAGAAGGUAACACCGCAGAGAACAUUAGUAAUAACACGAGUACACGGAUAAAAACGAAGAAAUACAUGAUGCCCGUUUGAUUAGAGAGCGAGCAGCAAUGACUGAAGGCUUUACGUGACGAGGUUUGACUGUUUGGAGCGAUGAUAGUGUGAAUAUUUUGAUUUCACGGUAACCGGGGAGGAACCACCCACUGAUGUCGGAGUAUAAGACUCCACAGAAGCCUCCUCCCGGGCUUGGGGCUUCGGUGACUGUCUCCGGGAGCAGAGCCAGGUCCGUGUCUCCUAAACCGGACACGAUGGGAGCCGUAGCAUCUCCCGUGUUCCACUGGCUUCACGAUGUGGUAGCUGUCACUUUCCACAAGGCGAGGCGGACAUUGUUCCAAGCAGCUAUUUUGUUUUGCGUCCUCGUGCUUCUGCUGUGGGUGUCGAUUUUUCUCUACGGGAGCUUCUAUUACUCCUACAUGCCCACUGUGAGCUUCUCCACCCCUGUGCAUUUCUACUACACCGCGGAUUGUGACAGCUCCGAGUCUGCGCUCUGCUCCUUCCCCACAGCCAACAUCUCCUUCAUGAAGAACGAGAAAGACCAAGUGAUGGCGAAUGGACAGCCCUACCGCGUAUCUUUGGAGCUGGAGAUGCCGGAGUCUCCCGUGAACGAGCACCUGGGCAUGUUCAUGAUCAAAAUGACGUGCUACACUAAAGGUGGAAAGGUUGUGUCGUCUAUUGGUCGCUCUACCAUGCUGCACUAUCGCUCCAGCCUUCUGAAAACAAUGAGCACUUUGCUGUUUUCGCCUCUUCUUCUGAGCGGGAUGGCCGAGCAGAAGCAGCUCAUAGAGGUUGAGCUCGUCUCGGACUACAAAACGAACGCGUAUGAACCCACUGUUGGCGCUGUCAUUGAGAUCCAGUCCCGAAGAGUGCAGAUAUACUCGUCUCAGUUGCGCAUACACGCUUACUUCACGGGUAUUCGAUAUGUCUUGUACAAUUUCCCUUUGACCUCAGCUGUGAUCGGCGUGGCUACCAACUUCGCCUUCCUCAGUGUUAUUGUGUUGUUCAGCUACCUGCAGUUCAUAUGGGGUGGGAUUUGGCCCCCGGAGCAAGUGCGAGUAAGAGUGAUGAUGGGCGAUAACAGCCGUAUGCAGCAGAGGAAGCAAGAAGUGAAGAAACGCAUGGAGAGGGAGAGCUCAAUGAAAGAACUCAAUUCUCCUAAAGUGAUUGGAGCUAUGAACGAAGCAUCUUGCUCAAAUCAAAAUGACACAGAGGGAAAGAAAAAGCUCUCAGUGAGUGAAAGUGCCCCUGCGUUUGUGACCACAGGCGUAGUGUCUCAUGAGUCGAACGAUACAGAGGAGCAAGAAGGUGGAAUUGUGUUUGAAGGAUGCCCACUACCUCAGGAGAGUGAGACCAUGCUGCGUCAGAGAGCUGGGCCCUGGAUGAGCUUGUGAACUGCACAGCCUUUCAAAGCCAAAGUGGAAAAAGCAAAUGAUAAACAAAAGUAUUUUAUCUACAAAAUAUGACCUUAUUCUUUAAAGGGUAUAUAUAACAGUGUUUUCUGAUCUGUGUUAUAAUGUUGUUUCCUCAUCACCAGGAGUUUUUGUUUUGUUUUGUUUCACUCACAUGCAAAAACCUGCUUAUUUAGGCUGAGUUCUUCCUUGUUCCACCUUCUGUUGUCAAUACAGGAAGUGCUCCACCGCAUUUUGAGCUUUGGAAAUAUAGACAGAUUAAUAAUAACGCAUUACUCAGACAUGUGUUAAUGAAAGAAAACACAACUCACAACUCCUUUUUGAAGAGGUAACAACAUUAUAACAUGACUAAAAGCUCACAAGAGACUAUUUGGGUCGUGUAGGACCUUUAGUGCACUUUCUAUGGCGUUUCUGCGGUUGCAACAUACACAUUUGUUCAUAUCUGGAUGCAGAGGCCUCCUCACAUGGAUCAUAUCUGUUUAUCAGUUGUGCUCAGUUUGGGCUGACAUCAAAAGGAAUGUUCAAGGAUAUGAGACAUGUUUUAAAUAAGCUUUACGUUCCCAAAACAUUUACUUGUGUUCACAACAUGGCAAUUUUGUUAUGUUUGUCACAACCUCUUUCCAUGUUACUGUUUUAUUUGUUACGUUUGUUUUAAUACCACAUGGUGUAGGUAACUAUCACAACAGGACAUGCUACAUUCCUACUGAAGUGGCCUGAAUGUUCCUGCCUGCAGCAUGCCAUUGGAAUUGUCUUAUCGAUUCUUUGCAGCGAUAUCACAGUGGGGGUGUUGUGUGCUUAUUUCUGUUGGUGGAAUGUUCAACAGUUACCGUGGUGACACAAUGCACUCAUUAUCAAACGCAGACAAUCUUAAAACAGAAUUAAGACUAGGAAUGUAACGAUAUCCAAAUCUCUUGGAACGACAUUUUCACUAUAUACCUCUUACGGAACAAUAUUUACUGAGAUGUUUUUUUUCAGAGGCUAAAAAACACAAAUUGCUACUUUUUCCUCUUAAAAUGCCUUGACAAGACUUAAACCAAAGAUUUAAAAGUGCUUUGAACAGUUAUGUCUUCAAGUUGUCUACACUGAAAUGGAGCAAAGGAUCAUGGUCUAUGUAGUUCCCUCUGUUUUAAGCAAAGAGACUUGUAAUUUUGUGAUGGCCCACGAUAUUACUGAGAGAUUUUUGAUGAUACGAUUUCACGAUAUUUCCAUUAUUGUUACAUCCCUACUGAAAACUUAAGAAAAGAUACAAAACGGAUUUAAACAACACAUUUUCAGGAGCCUGUGAUCAAUAAGAGCACUCAUGGUCCUGUUUGGGUGUUUGACUUUCUCACCUGUUGCAGUUCCAACAGCGUCAGCUCUUUUUGGUCAGAUUGUGUUAAAAUAAAACUCAGAUUAAGUCAAAUUUUAGUAACAGAGCUUCAGACAGAGUAGUGCUUUCGCUUAGUGUCACCCCACCUGCAAAGUAUCGAUACGCAAUUACAUGUUUGGGUCAAUUCUCUGGCAUCAUAUAAGAGUUUGAAUAUUGUACGUGAUCAGAUAUUGUUGACAUUCCUGGUUCGAUGCUACUUCAGAGACUGUUUAUUGAAUGUUGGUUGAGUGGUUCAGACGCAGCGGUGAGAUGACUCUUUGGAGCGGAUUUCACACAGACAUGUCUUGUGAUUCAGACUAACAGAGGGUCCCAGAGCUCAAUUUGAUUUGGCAAAAAAUUCCCCAAUAAUAGACCAAUAUUCUCAAAGGCGUGUUUUAUUAACUUCUCAGAGGAAAAAUUGCCAGAGGGACAUGAUGUACAGCAGAUUUAGCUUGUGUUAGAGCUGCUGUAUGAGACUGGUCUAACUGCUUGGGCACAUGCUAUUUUAUAUUUGUUACAGUCACAGUAAGAAAUUAUUUAUCUUUAUUAUCUGUUUUCAUUCCAACAAAGCACUUCCUUUGUAUUACUGUAUGUACUUUAUUUAUGUAAGUGUUAUGUAAGUGUUCAAAGUGUCUUUAUUGUUACUUUGAUACAGAAUAGGCUUGUCACGAUAACACAUUUUGAAGUUUGAUAUAUUGCUGAAAAAAAUAUAGACAAUAAAUCACCCAAGAGCAUAUUUAAACCACAAAAACUACUCUAAAUCUACAAUAUUAUUAAAUAAACAGCAGAAUGAAUCACUUUAGUUCUGUGUUUGCAUCUGUAAUGAGUCAUAGUAGUUGUUAAUUCAACUUUUGAUGGAUUAAACAUCUUAACAAAAAAUAACCAAAAAUGUCCCUGUAGUGCAAAUAAAAUGUACACACGAUAAAUACUGACCACAAAAAUAUUCAGCUUUCAUGUGUUAAAUGUAGGUCAAUAAAGUAAUUAUCGUGACAGGCCUAGAUACAGGUCAUUGGAGUGUGUAGGUGAAAUAUUCUGAUUGAGUAAGUUUACAAGCUUGUAGCAAGUUGGUGUAGCAAAAGCAUCAUUUCUGUUCUGUCACAAUGUAUUACUGCUAAAAUAAUUAAAAUAAAAGGCUGGGUCUGUUUAAA